AAAUGAAAAAAUAUAUCCAAACUUCAUUUUGUGUUACUUUUUAAUGCUGAUGGGCAAUGCCUCCAAUAUGUGUCUACUUUUGGGGAGUUUUUGAAGCAUGGUCAGCCAUUGGUGUAUCAUAUUCAAUGAUAGUCGCCUUAAUUUAUGAGUUAGGAGCUGUACGCAUAGCAAGAGGCUGGUGUCACGUGCCAAAGCAGUUGAAUGCUCCGCUUGAGGUUGUCGAUUCGGAGAUUGCUAAUAUUAUCGAGCUCGAGAAAGCGAGACAAUGGAAGGGACUUGAGCUCUUUCCCUCGGAGAAUUUUACAUCUGUUUUUGUGAUGCAAGCAGUUGGGUCUGUAAUGACUAACAAAUACAGUGAAGGAUAUCCCGGUGCAAGAUACUAUGGUGGAAACGAGUACAUUGACAUAGCAGAAUCCUUGUGCCAGAAACGUGCUUUGGAAGCGUUUCGGUUGGAUCCUGCAAUGUGGGAAGACCGACACAAAGAAGAUAUCAGCGGUCUCUAUACUUUUUGA